AUGUCAUAUCACUAUAAUAGAGUACAGGGGAGGGGGGGGGAUAUACAUUACUGUAUACAUGUCAUAUCACUAUAAUGGAGUACAGGGGAGGGGGGAUAUACAUUACUGUGUACAGUUUUAUAUUUUGGACUCUUUAUUCUAAAGAAAAAUGUAAUUUCAUAAGCUUUAAGGAGGCGCGAUUGGGGGCAGGACUGGAAGCAGGGUUGGGGGCGGACCUGUGCAAGGUUGGGUGGGGCAACUUGUGGAGUGUAAGGUUUGUGCCUGGCUAGUAGG